AUGUUUGACGAACUGCCAUUCCGUAUCCAAGAGACAAUCCUGAAAAGGUUUCCUAUCAAAUCAUUGAUUCAGUUCAGAUCCGUCUCGAAAGCAUGGAAGUCUUUGAUCGACAGCUCAGAGUUUAUUGCUGCUCACAGCGUCAGCCACACACAGCCACAACAUCUGCUUGUAUCGUACACAGACACAAAAGAAGCUAAAUAUGUUUCUUUUGUCGAAGAUGACUCUUUCCCCAAACAUAGGUUUCUUCCGUCUCUUCCCCUAUCCGUUAGACAUCAACACAUAGUUGGUAGUUCUUAUGGCUUGUUGUGUUUCAAAGGUUAUCAGUUUUCUGGUUCAAGCUAUAGUAAGACGAUGGCUGUUCUUUUGAAUCCUUCCAUUAGAAAAUCAAUAGCUAUUGCAGUGAUAUGUUAUAUACGAAUCAUAAGAUCGUUCUUGGUUUUGGAGUUUGUCCUGUCACUAUUGAUACCAAGAUCAUCCAGAUCACUGAAUUGCGUUGGGGUUGGGGGAGUGAACUGA